AUGGGUUGUAUUAACUAAAAAAAUAAAACCAUAAAAUUGGAUAGACAGUAAGCCUAUAUUACUAUUUGGAAUCCCAAUAUUAAUGUUUAGCAAGAAAUCUCAACAGACAGAAUACCAGCUGUUGAUUAAUCGCAUUCAAAAUUUUAGGGGUCUAAUCCUAAUAACAUAUUCCUUAACAGGUCAAAAAAAUCGCAUUUGAAAAAAGCAACCUAAAUACUCAAUAUUAAUAAAGAUAAUCAACUAAAGAAGAAAAUUGAAACAUUUAAACAAUACUAUCUGAGAAUCAAUCAAUUUUGGUAAUCACAUUAAAAAGAGUUAGACGAAAUAAUGCUUCAUAUUUAAUAGAAGACCAUCACUUUGAAAUUUUUAUUGAUUAAAAAUGAGCAAUUAUAAAUGGCUCCUCUUGACAUUUUAUUUGUUAAUACUAAUGAAGGCAAAUCUAUAAUCGAACUAAUACUAAAUAAAGUCGAUAAUUACGAUAUCAUUACCUAAUUAUUAUUAGAUUUCAACUUGUUGGAAGCUCAUUUACAAUAAAUAGCUAUUCCAUUAUUCCUCAAGUUGAAGUAUUUGAACACUCAAAUCAAAGUUGAAAAAGCCAUAGAGUUUUUGAAAGCUACUCAAAAAACCAAGUGUAUUGAGGUCAUAUUGACUUCCUCUUAAGAACAAAGAAAAAUAAAAAUCAUUUAAAAUUUCACAAAUAUAUUUUCAUAUAUUGAUCAAUAAAAUAAAUGGCAUUUGAAGUUUUUUAAGAUUCUAUGUUAAGUAAUUAAGGGAGUCAAGACAUUUGAAAAAAAAUAUGAAGAAUAUUUACAAGCAUCAGCAGAAUUUAAAUUAAAAAAUCUUAUCAUAUCAAAAAAAAUUAAAAAAGGGCAUUUUUAAGAAUAAUUAAAAAUGCAUUCAACUCUUGGAGAACUUUAAUUCAACAUUUUCCAUUAAGUGGCUUAAAAUAAAAAGUGGGAUAUCUUUGUUCAAUAUUCAAAUAGUCUAAUCUAAAAUCCCAAUAAUGCUAAGUUGACUCCCUUUAUGAUUUUUUUUUAACGAGCCCCUGUUUAAAUUAUUCUUGAUUAUAUUUAAUAAUUUCCACAAUAACUUGCUAAGGGAAUUGAGUACUCUACUCCUUAAGGACUAAACCUAUUGCAUUGCUUUUGUCUAAAUAAAAACUUGCCAACAAAGAUAGAUAAAACCUGUUAAGAAAUAUUGAAUUUAAUAAAAAAAAGUAAAGAUUUCAAAAAUUUAUUAUUACAACCCUAUUAGGAUUAAAUACCUCUUGUCUUUUAUAUAAACAGUCACAAAAUAGUUGAUUAGACUAUUCUUAAUUUUUUAAGCGAAUCUUUGAGAAAAGACUUUGAUUUCUAUAGACUUGAUACAUUAGCACAGAUUUUAGGAGAAUAAUUGAAAUUCAGGAAAAUAAAAUAAAGGAAACCCAUUAAAGAACUUAAAAGAAUGAAGAAGUAACCCUUUUGCUAAGUUUAAAAUGAAUUAAACAUCGAAUUAAGCUAAGAAUUGUAAGAAUAAUAUCACCUUUAUUACUUACAUUACAUUCAAUUAAUGAAAGCAGUAAUAAAACAAAAAUUUUCAAUUCAAUUCUCCCACUUAAAUGAGUUUUUUACUUUUACAUCUCAUUUUCCCCAUGAUCUAGGAACAGCUCAUCAUUCAUUCCUAUAAAUUAUUCUAUAGACGUAGAAUGAUGAUUUCAUUUUAUAAUAAUUGAAAACGUUCAAGUUUAUUAAUUAUUUGUAAGCAUAGAAAAAAGAGUUAGAUAAAUUCAAAAUUUAAUUGCCAGAAGAUUAUUCAUUGGAUGCAUAACUAUUAGCUAAGCUAAUUUACUUAAAAUAGGAUAUUAAAGAUGAAUCAAGUUUACUUCAAAAAGAAAUUGAUUAAAUAAUUUUGGAAUAGUUUAGAAGAGAUCCAAAGAUGUUGUGGGCAAAAAUUUAUGGUAAUAGCAAAUCAAAGUAGGAAGGACUUACUACAACAUUGUAUUAAUUGAUAAAGUAACUUUUCGAUGCAGUUUUCGUAAAAGAAGUUUUGCAAAUUUGCAUUUAUAAUAAUUUGUAGAAUCCUUCUUUUGAUGUAAUGAAGGAAUUCGUAUUUUAAGAACUGUUAUUAAGAAAUGUAACUAAGUAAGAAGUCGAAUUAAGAAAUUUUUGUGAUAGCUUUCCAAGAUCUAUAGAAUUUAAUGAAACCAUUAAGAAGAUGGCUUCAAAUUAUACUAUUAAACUUUAUUCUUGGAAAUUGGGGAUAGAAAAACACUAAAACUAAUUACAAAUUGGUGAGUUUUACCUUUUUAUACAGCAUUUCAAACCAAAAUAUAUUUAAAACACAAUUUAAUAAUCAAAUGACAAAAAUCAAGGUGGAGUAAAUUAAUAAAUAACAUUCUAGUUCUUAUAAGCUCUUUUACAGUCAGAAAUUACUAUACCUUUGAUAAAUCGAAUUAUUAUUUUGAAUCCUGAGCUAUUCAUACCUAAAAUCUGGUGGUUGACCCAAGAUAGUGUUCCUAACAAAGCGCUGCUUAAAUUUAUUUCAACUCAACGCAUAUAUCCAAUUUAUAUUACUUAACCUAAUAUUAACUAAUUGAGUUUAUUGUUUGAUUGGUAGAUGAGUGGCAUUCAAUUUUAGGUUAUGAAAUUCCCCAAAAAGUAAUAUUUAUUCCAUGAUCUAUCAAUUAAAUCCCAACUGAUAUGCUAUUAAUAAAUUAAUAGACUGCCUUUUGUUAUAGCAUUGGCUAUAGAUGAUUAAUUUAAUGCAGAUUUAACUAGGUUUCUAUAAACUUAGGAAGUUCAAAAGACAAAGGAAGUAAUUUCUUAAAUUUAAUUACACCAAAUGUUAUAAAAUUCAGCAAAAAAAAACAUAUAACUUUUUAUGGAUUACUUUAAUUUAGACGCUUAUUCCAUUAUUUAAAUUUUGAGUUUAAAUCAUUUCUCUACUACUAAAUUAUUUGAUUAUACUCCAUCUGAAAUAUAGGAAGUGAAUAAAUUUAAUUUUAAUCAUCAAGUCCAAUAACUUAUGAAAUAUAAUUUUAAGUAUUCAAAUUAAGUAUGUCCAAUUUUCAUUUUUGAAAAUGUCAAUGAAAAAAAAAUUGCAAAAUCUAAAAGAAAGGUAACUCCUUAUUUUGUUUCAGUAAUCAAUUAUCUUGAUUAUGAAUCCUUAAAUAUGAUUGGUAAAAAUUUAAGAAUUUAAAUUUAUGAGAGAUUAAGCUUUUAAAUCAAUUUAGAUCUAAUUCAUGAUGAGAAGGUAAUAGAAAUAUUAAUUGAGGAUAUGAUCGAAUUGAAAAGAAAGGAGUUUGGAGUUGAAAAAAUAGCAGGAAUAUUUACUCUUACUUUUACAAAAUCAAUUAAUAAAAAUAAAAACAUUGCUGAAAUUUUGUGUCGAUAUUUAACAAAAGAGGAACUCUAAUAUUCAAAAAUAUUCAGUGUAAAUCUGUUAUAUUAAUUGUCUCUUAUUUCUAACGAAAUAUGCAUUUAGUAUUUGAAUAAACUUAAAAUCUAAAAUUAUUAGUUCCUUUAAGUUUAUUAUUAUGCAUUAAACAAUUAAAACAUAGAAUUAUUAAACCAUCUAAUUAAUUAUUAUUAUGAAAAUAGAUUGUCAACUACAUAUGUCUAUACUUACGUACAUUUGAGUCAUAAUGUCAAAAACUACCAUAUUGCCUUAUUCAAGAAGUAUUAUUUGGUUUUUAGUGUCUUACAAUAUUAAUUGUUCUAUAAUACGAUAUAAUUGAGCAGUCAAACUAUUUCAAAGCAUAUUUAAAUGUUUAUCUUAUUUGGAUAUGUAGAAUAACUUAAAUUUUUAAUUUAAUAACCAAAUAUUUAAAAGGAAAUUUAAUAAUCUUACUUCUAUUAUGUAUUAGCAAAAAAAAUGUGUAUAGAAAAUGAAUUCGAAGUUGAAGUUAACAGAUUUCCAGAGCAUUUGAACAAUUAAUAGUUGUAAGUACAGUUAUUGUUUAUGAGAAAAUUUAAAAGGACAUUCUAAUAACAUUGCAUACUCUCUCUUUCUGAACAGAAAUGUUCUUUUAACUUUCAUUCACAAAAUAUUAACUAUUUGGAGACGUUCGAAAUCCUUAAAUAAUUGAUGUCUACUUCAAAAGAAAAAACUGCAGAAUUAGAAGCAUAUGAUGAACUUUACAGUUCCAUCAUAGACCCUAAUCCAAAAUAGAUCAAACUAAAGAAUGAAUUAGUUAAGUACUUCUGUCAACUCUUUAUGAGAACUAAGUCUAUUAAUCAAUAUGUUAAAAAUCGUUAUGAGAGAUAUAUUUCAUUAUUUAAUGCAAAUUCUAAGAGCAUUGAAAUUAUUUUUGAUUUUAGAAAACCAAAAUAAUUUUCUUUAAAUAUGAUUUAGGAGAUUAUGAUCGAAUAUAUCUAAUAGAUUCUCAAAAAAAAGAACAUUAAUUUAGAAAUUUAUGAAAAAUUAGCUGAAUAUAUAUUUAAAUACCAAUUUACAAAUUAAAAAUUGGUUGAGUGUUUAAAUUUGGGACUCUAAAAUUACAAUCUAACUAAAUUUAAUAAUACUACAUAUUACUAUGCUUAACGUUAAGUAAAUUUAUUACCAAAAGCUUACUACAAUUUUUCACAAAAUAAACAUUUCAUCAAUAGAUAUAAUAUUAUUAAAAGCAUAAUGAAUAUAGAUGCAUUAUCGUUAGAUAAAAUGACGCCUAAUUAAGUUCUAUUAAGCAAAGGUCGUAUAGAUCAUAUAAAUUUAAUAAAGUACUCUGAUGCAAAUUUAAUGGCUGCUUUAAUUAGUAAUCACUUUAUGACAAUAACAAAAGUCUUGGAUAUAAGUUAUAAUCCUAAAUAAUUAUGUUUAGACUAUCAGCUUCUUCAUAUCAUUUUGAGAUUUUAAAAUGAGAAAAAUAUCAUCACCUUUUUUGAAAAGUAUAUUUACAAUUAUAUCAAAGACAUUGAUAAAAUAAUGUUGUGUUAAGAUGAAUCUAUUUUACUUUCAAUAGUAUAGAAAAAAUAGUAUCAAGUUUUUGAUAUUAUAAUUGUGUAAUACCUAUAGAAAUUGAUAAAUAGCAAAAAUCUCUAAUAGAUUGUACAAUAGCAUUUGUAAAUGAAAGUAAAAUAAUCCUAAUUGAUGAUUUACUAAUUAGGAAUUUGCUAAAAGUCCUACUUUAUAUUUGAUUUUUUAGAUGGAAUAAUAAAGGCAAAUGAAAUAAAAUAAUUAGUUACCACAUUAGAUUUAAAUUUAGCUCCAAUGUUGUUUAAUUAAAAACAAGGAGAUCAAAAACUUAAUUUAUUUGCUAAAUACUACCUAAAUAACUUAUAAAUACUUUUAAUACCAACAUAUAGAUAAGAAUUGAGACCGUAAAAAAAUUAGAAAAGAAGCUAUUUGAAGAAAAAAAUUAAAGAUAAAUAGAUUGAACAAUAAAUAAUAGAUAAAGAUAUAGAACUUGAAGAUAUUAAAGUUGAUGAUAUAGAAGAUGAAGAGGUAGAAGAUGAAGUUAAAAAAGAUGAAGUUAAAAAUGUUGAAUAUAAAAAAUAAUAAGAUAAAUAAGUUUAAGUAUUGAAGAAAAAGGAUGGUAUACUAGAUAAAUUGAAAAAAGCAGUAAAAAAAGUUUAAAUUAUUGGUGUUUGGAGUUAAGAUAAGAAUAAAGUGAAAAGAACAGUCUAAUUAGAUAAUUUCCUUGAUAUUGAGCAUGCUUGCAUAUACAAGUUAUUUGGGUUUAAUCAAAUGAUUCUUAAAUACUUGAAGAAUAAUUUUAGAUUUUUUUCUUUAUUUCAAAGCUAACCUUAAGACAUUCUACAAGCAAUAGACACUUCCAAAGGACAUCCAAAACUACUUGAAUAUUAUUUAAAUAGUUUGCCUUUGACAGAUCUGAAGGCUAAUUUAGAUUAAAUUGUGAGAAAGUGCUAAUAAUACUAUUUGAUAUAGAAUCCUAUAUUUUAUAAAUCUAUGCUGAAUUUUCCAGAGGAGUUUAUUAAAUUAUUAAAGCCAUCUGAUUUUAAUUUAGAGAUUAGUUUAUUGCUAUCUGUUAAAUUGAAAUAAACGUAGACUCUUCAAAAAUUCAUUGUAAAUCACUUGGAAUUACAAUCAAGCGAAGUAUAGAAUUUUCGUGGAAUAGAAACUUUAUAAUAAAAUUACUUAUUCAUGAUGAGUUUAUUUUUAAAUAAUUUUUCGUUUCCGAUUUUAAAGGAUGGAAUUUAAAAUAUUAAUAUUGAAUUGCUCCUAAAAUGCUAAAAAUUUAUAGAAUAGUAUUUUGAAAAGUAACAGACUAAAAUAUCAAAUGAUGGUUUAGAUUAUAUAUUAGGUUUGUUGAAGAAAGAAAUUACUAUAGGUAACAAAGCUAAAUUCGAAAAAUUACUUAAUUCUUAACAAACAGGAUAAAUUAUAAUUUUAGGAAUUAUUUGGAUUCAAUAGAUUGAAGAACUUGUUAGAUUUUUCUUCUCUAAACUACCUAAAUGGGGUAUCUUUGCGAAGGAAAUUGAGAUUUCUUUUGAUAAUGUUCCAAUUUCAUUUAUAAAUGAACAUUAUGUUUUACCUUUGUAAUAUAAUACUGAUAGAUUUGAAUUGGAUGAAAUCUUAAUAACUGAUUUUAUACCCGUUUUAAAAUAAUUAAAAUAUGAAAGAGUGAUGGAAAAAGAAACCUUACGAUUUUAGGAAUUUUAAGAAAAAUGGCCUUAAUUUAACUUUAAAUUACUAUUUAAAAAAAUUGAUUUUUCUUAAAUACCUUAAUAUUGUUUUGAACAUUUGGAUGACUUUGAGUUGAAUAAAGACGAGUAGAAUUGCAAACCUUUAGUUACUGAAGAAAUAUCAAAUAAGGCUUAAGAAAAUAAAGAUAAUGAGAAUUAAAAUGAUAAUAAUGAUAAAGCUGAUUCUGAUGAUAAUGGUAAAGUUAAUUCUGAUGAUAAUGAUAAAGCUAAAAAUGAAGAUAAUAAAAAUAAUAAAAUUGAUAAUGAUAAUGAUUAAGAUAAUAAAAAAGAAAACGAUAAUUAUAUAGAUAAUGAGGAAGAUGAGGAUGAGGAUGAGGAUGAAGUUGAAGAUGAAGAUAAGGUUAUUGAGGAGGAUAAAAAAGAUAAUGGUAAAAUUAAAAUGAAAGGGAUGAAGCUAAAAAUGCCCGGCAAUAAAAAUCCAAAUCCAAUUACAAAUAAUAGGAAUAAGGAAAAAAAUUAACGUUAAAAAAGCAGAUACUCUAAAUCAAUAUAAAAAUAGAUAAAAAUAAUACCCUGCGGAAUUUAUGAGAGUAUCAUAUUUUUUAAACACCUUCUUGAGCCUUUAGGAGAUAACCAAGAAAAUUAUAAAAUAAGCGAUUUGUAAGUUCCUCAUAAAAAUUUAGAUAACGAUGAUAAAGCAGUGGAACAAUCAACAGUAAUACCUAAAAAGGAAAAAGGGAAAAAUACUGUUGGCAAAAAGUAAUUCAAAUAAAACCUUAAAAUUGUCAAAGCUUUCCUACCAAUGAACAAAUAUAAAUCCAGAUACACUAGUGAAUAGACUACAAUAUUUAUAGAAUUUUAUCAUUUCAAUUAUCCGUAAUCAACAGAUCUAUUUUUACAACAAUUAUCACGUCAAGAAUACCUUGAAUAAUAUAAUCCAAAGGCAUCAUUGGAUUUUUUAAUUUAUAAGUUUAAAUAAUAUCACGAUAACCUAUAAGAGUUGAUCAAAUCUGAAAAGUAUGAAAAAUGGACAAUAACUAUUCCAUACUAUAUUGAAAAUGAAAAAUUCUUUUUCUAAGAAAUUUAAUUCACUCCUUAUGCUAUAUAAUUUAUUUUUUAAAAAUUAUUGAAGUUUAUACAUACUGUUAGAAGUUUUUCAGAUUUUGAGAUUGAUUCUAUCUAAUGGAGAAUAAAUUCGAUAUCAGUACUUUAAGUUUUAGCUAGAGGCAUUUUAAAUACUUAUUUUGCAGAUAAUUUAAAUAUUGAUAUUUUUACUAUAAUAGAUUUUAUCUGUUAAUGGAAACUUUUAUAAAUGUUCUUGGCCUAAAUAAUUUAUAGAAAUAUUAUGUCUUUACCCACAAUUACAAACCUCUUUUCACACAUUUAUGUAGAAUUCUAAGAAAAACCUGUCUCUCAAUAUGAAACUUAAAGUGAUAGCAAUUAUUUUUUGGAUUAAAUAUUUUAAUUUUAAGAAACAGAAUAUCAAAUUUAUCAAAAGAUACUCAUCAUUACUCUAAAUGUGUUUAUAAGAAAAGAUAAACAAUUAAAGAAGUCUAUUUAAUAUUCUAAAUAGUUUCAGCGCAGUUAAUUCAACAAGUCAUCUAUAAUUAAAGCUGCAGAAAUAAAGUUCCACUUAUACAAUGUAAUUAAUGAGUCUGACUUUUUUUUUGAUUUAUUUUAACCUGCAGAUUUGGUUGGAUAUUUAUUUAACAGAUUAGAUAUAGAUACUUACACAUAACUAUUUUCUAAAAAAUUAGGUUAUUUUGUAAAUAAGGAUGUUUCCAUAAUUGUGAAUCAUACUUAAUUAAAGCAAUUAUAUGAAGAAAAAAUAAUAGAAAUAAAAGCGAUAACUAAUAGGUAAAUUAAAGUAGAGAGACAAAAUUAACUUCAAAACGAAUUAUUGAGAUUAAAAGAAUUCUUUAUGGAAAAGGUUAGUAAAUCAUUAUUCGAACAAUUAAAGAGUUAAUCUUUUGAAUAGUUAUUUGAAGUUCAAUUAUCAAUACUACUGUAAUCUAUACGAUAAAAUAAUUAUCUUCAAUAAUCAACAUAGCAAAAUUAUCGAAGGGCAAUUAGGUCUAGCAAAAGCAAAGUUCUUCAAAAAAUAAGUAAGUUUUCAACUUACAAAAUCGUAAGCUUUUAAUUUGGAUUCUAACUCACACCAACUUAUUUUUAAUAAAUAGCAAAGCCUGGAGAUAUGUGUAUGGUUUUAUUUUAAUAACAUGGUUCAAUGAAACUUGAACCUUGCUAAUUAAUUUCUUGUUAAGAUUCUUAGUUGUUGUAUUUUUAUUCUCUUAAGGAUCAAACAACAGCCUUAAGUGUUGAUGACAUAGAUGGCAAAUUUAGAAUGAAUAUUUAGAAGGGAGAUUAAAAUGAUGAAGCUGCAAAAUAAUAAAGUCCCAAAAAAAUGAAUGGUUCUGGGAAAUAAGGAGAGCUUUUAAAUCUUCUUUUUGAAGAUAUAUUGUCUAUUAUUUGGGUUAGAUCAAAAUGGCCAAUUGAAUAAAAUUUCAAUAAUGAAAUUUUGAAUAUACUGUUUAUAGAUUAAAAUGGAAACAUAUUGACGUGUCAUGAAAAGAAAUUUUAGUAAAAAAUUGCUAUGAUCUAAUAAAUUGAGAACGAAUAAUAAAAACAGUAAUUGUUGGAUAAUUUAUUUGGAUAAAAUUUAGUAUCUACUUAUGAUAAAUUUGCACUAACUUAAAUCAUUCCAAUCAUUCCUAGUUAGAUUAAUUAUAAUUUUAGAUUUGAAGAUCAAUAAUAAUCAAAUCAUGUUUAAGAGAGCAAUGAUAUAUAUAUUACAAUUAGUAAUGAUGAUUUCAAAUUGGAAAAAUUAAGUAUAGGUAAUUUUAAUACUGCUUGUUAUUUUGAUUCAAAUUAAAGGUUAUAAAAGUACAUUAAAACACUCAAUAAAUUUACUCAAAGAAUUAAGGAGAUGUCCAAAAUAGUCAUAAAAAUCUAUUUUGAUGAUAAGUUAAACAAAAAUCCUUCCUUUUAUUUGGAACAGUUUUUCGCUCAUAAUAAUCUUUUUGAGAUUUUUGAAUUAGGAUUCAAAGAAUUUUGUGAAGAAAAGCAAUUUCCUCAAAUUGAUAAUUCCCUUUCUUAUCUUUUUGAUGUUUCCUCUUUAACUCAAGUGAAAGAGAGAAUAUUUUGUCAAAUUGUAAAAUAGAUAGAAUUUCAUUUUGAGUUAGAUUAAAAGGAUUAAAAUACAUAAUUUUCAAAUGGUAUUUUGAAAAUUUACAAAUUUUUGGAUUAAAAACAACCACUUAAAUCAGAUAUAAGUUUCUUUAUUUCAAAUUUAAUUGUUCAAUAUGAGAAAUUCGGAAUAACCUCCUUGAUUAUUAAGGAUGAACAGUAUGAAAUUUAAUUAUAAGAUAAUGAUUCUACACUAAGAAUGAAUAGCUUAGCCUCUUAGAAUAACAAGGAGGAACAGCAUGAUAUUUUAUAUCAACAGGAUGAUUCGCCAUAUUUAAUGAAUAACAUAGCCAAUACCAUUCUUCUUACUAAGUACUUAUUCUAAUUGAUGCAAAUAAAAUAGUUGUUAAGAAAUGAUAAAAAACUUACUUUUUUGUUGUAAGAAAACUACUAAGAAAAAUAUUUAUAUCAAAUUUAAAGAUAAGAGAAACAAAUAGUCAUAUCAUAUAAUUUGUUGAAAGAUUUUAGUCUUGAUGAAUUCCUUUUGGAUUACUUAAAUAAUUGUGUUUAUUAAGGCUAGAUUAAAUACGAGAAAUUAUCUGUUGAUAGUCACUUGUUGAAUUGCUAAAUUCUUCAGAAUUUGAUGAUCUUGAAGGAAAAUUAGUAUUACCCAUAAUUAAAAAAGGAGGAGAAGAAUUUGUUUAUAUCUAAAGACUUCUCUAAAUUAUAAGUUUCAGAAUGGAGAUUAGAACCGAAAGAAUAGGAAAGAGGUCUUUUAUUUUUCUAAUGUAAAGGUGUGUUUUAAGCUAUGAUUACAUUUAAGAGUUAGUAGAAGUAUAUUCCUUUAUAUCAAUAUUUUAAACAGAAUAUUAACAGAUAGUUUUUUGGCUAAUCUUUUUAUUUUUUGGUUUCUGGUUUAAAUGAGCGGAUUGAUUUAGAUACUUAAUUAAAUGCGAUAUAAGUGAAAAUGCAAAUAAAUAAGAAAAAUACAAAGCGUUCUUUAAAUUAUUAUAAAAGAUACAUUAAUAAACUGAAGGUCAAUACUAGAUUAAUAACAACGAAUAUUGCUUUGGUUGAAUUAAUUGCUUAAGGAGUCGAUUCUGUAAAAAUCAGAUCAACAACACCCGAAUUAUUAAUAAGUUCUUUAUCUAAUUAGAAUUACACAAAUUCAAUAAUCAUUUAGUUUGAUCCUGAAAAGACAAUGCAGUAAAAUCAAAAUAAAUUAUGUCACAUUGGAAUUCUGAUUGAAAGUAAUAAGGAAAAUGAGAUUUAUAAACCAAUUUCCUUUAGCUAGAAAAAAUUAGUGUCUUUGAAGGAGGAAAAUAGGAAAAUAAUUGAUUUUUUAUAAAAAGGAAUUGAUCAAAGACCUUAAAUUUUCAAGAAAUCUAAUCUAUUACAAGCUAGGUAUGAUUUGUUGGAUCUAUAAAACAACAAUACGAUUAAUACAUUGACUUUUAAUUAAAUAAGUGUUGCAUCAUUUUGUGGCUAGAUGAGAACUGAUUUUAUUGAAUUUUAGGACAUAACAAGUGCUUAAAUUGCAUGUGAGAAUGCACUAUUUGUGCAUUCGCAAUAUUAAUAGAUUCAGAUAUUUCCCAAAGUAUACAAAGAAACAUUAGGAAUUAAGUUUAAAUGGCAACCUAUAAUCAAAGGCAUCUAUAAUUUAUUCUUAGGAGACCAAAAGAUAGAUGGCCAUUUUAUAGUCUUAGCCAAUAAGGUUGAUUAUAGAAGGUGUGAAAUCAUUUUACCUGAAAAAAUACAGACACUCACAUUAUAUCAAACUAUUAAAUAUAUUAUAAAAUUGAGAGAUCAUUUUAAUAAUAUUUAUGGAAAUAUUGAAUCAAAAUUGAAUAAAAUGUAACCAAUAGUUACAACCAAAAGUCAAUUUUCAGAAUCUAUAGUUGAAAUAAACGGUCCAGGUAAAGAAGGAACCAUCACUAUAAAUAUUAAAUUUGUUUAAAUUGAUUUUAUUUAGCAUCAACCUGAGGAUGUUACAAUUAAGAUUUCCCUUUUAGACUAAUUAGAAUCAGAAUGUACUUUUCAUUUGGAAGGACUUACAUUGGAGAUGAGAAUUAUCAAGUUUUAUCAAAAACUAAAAUUUCCAUAAGUCUUUAAAGAAUUAAAGAUCGAAAGAGUUAAUUUCGCAAAGAUGGUGCAGAAGUUGGCUGAUUAAUAAUUAAAAUGUCCACUAAAGAUUACAUAUAUUCGUUCAGGUGAAUAAGGAAGUGAUGAUGGUGGAUUAAGAAGGGAAUUUUAUAAUAAAGUUGGUGAGUUGAUGAAAAGUCAAUCAAAUGGAUUUUUUCGGUUAAAUGCUAAGAGUUAAACAUACUUUUUUUCACCCAAAUUUUAGCCAGAUAAAGAAAAGGAAUAAUAUGCUAUAGCAUUUGGAAAAUUAAUAGCAAAUUCAAUACUAAAUAAGGAAAUAAUAGGAGUACCAUUUGCCCAUUAAUUUUGGAAAUUAAUAUUUAAUAAACCAAUCGUCUUUGAAGACCUUGAAGGCAUUAUGGAUGAUGUUGAAUUUAAAAAUAUAAAAAGUUUGAGGUAGAUGACAAAAGAGGAUAUAGAUUCUCUUUGUAUUACGUUUACACACUCAUAAGGUACUCACAUUAUUAAUUUAAUCCCUAAUGGAUAUAAAAUAUAAGUCACAAUUCAUAAUACAGAGAGGUAUCUCUAAAAGUUAGCAGAUUAUUUAAUUGUUGGAAAAUUUUAAGCUAUUACUCAAAACAUCAUUGAAGGUUUCGAUACAGUCUUAAAUAGACAGCUUUUGAUGGAUUGUUUUGAUGCUACAGAAAUGCACACAUUGACUGUGGGAUCUUCAGAAAUAAAACCUGAAAAAGUCUUAGAAUUAAUGAUAUACAUAAAUGGAUCUGAUUAACUGAUUUAAUUUUUCUAGAAGUUUAUCAACCAAUUAGAAGAUGAAUAAUUACAAGAUUUUCUGUAAUUCCUAACAGGAUCUCCUUAUCUGCCUUGGAAUGCUAAGCCUACUAUAUAAAUUGAAUUUUUAGAAACAAUGAAUGAAACACACUUACCAAGAUCGUAAACAUGUUUUUAUAAAUUAACUCUUCCAUACUAUAAGACUUAUGAAGAUUUAAAGAAAAAAAUGGAAAAAGCAAUUGAAUAUGGAUAAGAAGGAUUUGGAUCCUAUUGA